GUAAUAUAGUCAUGUCUUCCUCAAUUGGUCUGGAUAUUACUUGUUAAUUGUUUUUCUUCGACACACGUGUUUUUUGUUUUUUUUUUCAUUGAAAAAUGUCAGACCUAGAUUCUUCCGAUUCAGAGAGUAUAGAUUCUGAUACUCAGUUGCAACAAGACUUCAGUUCCGGUAAGCUGAAACCAGGACUAAAUGUAGCUCUACCAGCCAGUAUAGAAAAACAUUAUAUCAAUGAUGUGGCUGGAAUGAAAUGUAAGCUAGAAGAAUUAAAGUCUAAUUUGGACUGGAUAGAAAGACUUGACACUACCAGUGAUCCAGCACCAGCUCAGCCUGGCACAGAUAUACAAGGGGGCGAUGAUAUACAUAAUGAUUUCAGGAGGGAAAUGUUGUUUUACAGACAAGCUCAAGCUACUGUGUUGACAGCUAUUCCAAAACUCCACAAAAUGGGUAUAAAGACUAAAAGGCCAGAAGAUUAUUUUGCACAAAUGGCUAAAACAGAUGACCAUAUGAAAAGGGUUAGGGAGAGAUUAUUACAUAAACAGUUAUCUAUAGAAAAAUCAGAAAAAGCAAAGAAACUACGAGAACUCCGCAAAUAUGGCAAAAAGGUUCAACAAGAAGUACUAUUGAAAAGACAGAAAGAUAAAAAAGAAAUGAUGGAAGCAGUGAAAAAAUAUAGAAAAGGUCAGAAAAACAAAUUAGAUUUUUUGGAUGAUCUAGACAAACCAGCUUCUAAACAACAAGGUGGAAAACAGAAAGAUAAAAAGGAAUUUAGGUCAAAUAAGAAAAGGGAAUAUAAAAAUAAAAAAUUUGGAUUUGGAGGCCAGAAAAAGAGAGGAAAACAAAACACUUCAGAUAGUGCAAGAGAUAUGUCAGAUUUUAACCCAAGAGUAAAUCAGAAAAGACCAGGACAGAAAGUGAAAAAGACAACACAAAACAGACCUGGGAAGUCAAGAAGACAGAACAUAAAAAACAGGAAAAGAUGAAAAUGAUAUUCCAGCUAUAAACAGUUUGAAUUUGAUGAGACAUGUGAAAGCUUACAACUGAAUAAACAUGUACCAUUUAGAUUGUUUAGCAACUAGCAAAAAAGUGACAUUUUUUAAUGCCGAACAGUACAAAAUCUUUAUGAAAAUAAAGAUGUUUUGUAUUAAGAUAAAUAUACCGGUAUAUGUAUUUGAUUUUCAAAUAGACAAUUGUUCUGUAAUGCUAGUUGCUUCAUUAUUGUUUUAUAUAUAUUUUCCAUAUUGUAAAUGAGAUAAACACCAUACAUGAAUUCAAAAGUGGACUCAUAUGUUCAGUUUAAUCAAUAAACAAGUUAAAAUAUC